CUUUGCGGCCCCGGCAGCGGGAACGGAGCGGGCUCUGGGAGGAGCUGUCGGCAAGGGAAACACCUCCCGGGCGCGCUUUACGGCCGGGCGAGCGGGCACGUCAACAGCUAUGGCGGAAGGGGAAGAGGCGCCGCCGCCGCCGGGCAGCUGGAUAAAAGAUCUUGCAGACGCUCUAGAAGAAGGAGGUUGUGAUCUUGAAACUGUGAGAAACAUCAUUCAAGGCAGGCAGUUACCUGCUGAUCUAAGGGCCAAAGUCUGGAAGAUUGCACUUAAUGUUGUAGGAAAGGGGGACAGCCUAGCAUCCUGGGAUGGCUCUUUAGAUCUACCUGAGCAGAGUGUAAUUCAUAAGGAUUGCCAAGAGCUAAUUGACCAAUUGUCGGUGCCAGAAGAAGAGAAGUCAGUAUUAAUUUUGGAUAUUGAGUCUGUUAUUACUUUUUAUUGUAAAUCACGCAAUGUUAAAUACAGUUCUUGCCUYGGCUGGAUACACCUGCUCAAACCUCUGGUGCACCUUCAUUUGCCCCGCAGUGAUUUGUACAACUGCUUCUAUGCUAUCAUGAAUAAAUUCAUUCCAAGGGAUUGUUUUAUGAAAGGAAGACCAUUUCAUCUAUUUAGACUGCUGCUUCAGUACCAUGAGCCUGAACUCUGCUCCUUUCUUGAUACCAAGAAGAUGACUCCAGAUUCAUAUGCACUCAACUGGCUUGGAAGCCUCUUCUCAUACUAUUGUUCAGCUGAAGUCACUCAGGCAGUAUGGGAUGGAUAUCUACAACAAGCAGAUCCAUUCUUUAUUUAUUUCUUAAUGUUGAUCAUCCUUGUCAAUGCAAAAGACGUUAUCUUAGCACAAGAAUCAGAUAAAGAAGAAAUGAUAAAAUUCUUAGAAACAUCACCAGCCAAUCUUGAUUUAGAGGAUAUAGAAGAUCUCUUCUCUUUGGCACAAUAUUACUGUAGCAAAACUCCAGCUUCUUUCAGGAAGGACAACCACAGUCUUUUUGGCAGCAGCUUGCUGGGCCUCAAAGAUGAUGACACAGACUUGAGCCAGGCUCUGUGUCUAGCAGUUUCUGUGUCUGAGAUUCUGCAAGCAAAUCAGCAACAAGGAGAAGGAGUAAGAUUCUUUGUGGUGGAUUGUCGUCCUGCGGAGCAAUACAAUGCUGGGCACUUAUCAACAGCAUUUCAUUURGACUCAGAUUUGAUGCUUCAAAACCCAUCAGAAUUUGCACAGUCUGUAAAAUCCCUAUUAGAAGCACAAAAACAAUCUAUUGAGUCUGGCUCCAUAGCUGGUGGGGAACAUCUGUGCUUCAUGGGAAGUGGCAGGGAAGAAGAAGAUAUGUAUAUGAACAUGGUGUUAGCACAUUUCUUACAGAAAAAUAAGGAGUAUGUAAGCAUUGCCAAAGGAGGCUUUAUGGCCCUCCAGCAGCACUUAGCAGAUAUAAAUGUGGAAGGACCAGAAAAUGGAUAUGGCCACUGGAUUGCUAGUACCUCAGGCUCAAGAAAUAGCAUAAACUCUGUUGAUGGUGAUUCUCCUAACGGUUCAGGUGAUGGAAAAGGAGUGAAGUCCCUAGUGAAUAAAAUGACRGUUGCUUUGAAGACUAAAUCUGUGAAUGUGAAAGAGAAAGUUAUCAGUUUUAUUGAAAAUACAUCUACUCCAGUGGACAGAAUACCUUUCAAUCUUUCCUGGCCAGACAGAGCAAGCCUGGAGCGACAUGUCAGCAGCAGUGACAGAGUAGGAAAACCCUACCGAGGUGUGAAGCCGGUUUUCAGCAUCGGUGAUGAAGAAGAGUAUGAUACUGAUGAAAUUGAUAGCUCCUCCAUGUCAGACGAUGAUCGAAAAGAGGUUGUCAACAUCCAAACAUGGAUAAAUAAACCUGAUGUGAAGUAUAACUUUCCAUGUAAUGAAGUAAAAGAAAAUGGGCAUAUGUUUCCCAGUCAUCUCCUAGUAACAGCAACCCAUAUGUACUGUUUGAGGGAGAUUCCAUCACGAAAAGGACUGGCUUACAUACAGUCYCGACAGGCACUUAACUCUGUAGUCAAAAUCACAUCCAAGAAGAAACACCCAGAGCUGAUCACCUUUAAAUAUGGAAAUAGCAAUACUUCAGGCAUAGAMAUUCUGGCAGUUGAAAGGUAUUUGAUUCCAAAUGCGGGUGAUGCUACCAAAGCCAUAAAACAACAGAUCAUGAAAGUAUUGGAUGCCUUGGAGAGUUAAUAACUAAAGACUUUGUAGAGACCACUUUAUAAAGRAGAAGCAACCAAGAUACUGUAUGUGGACACAAGCUGACUGUUUCCCAACUGAUUACUAACUUAAGAGAAUUUUUCUGUUUGCUGAUGGGAGUGCCUGAGUAGCAGGCUUAAGAUAGGGUAAAUUAUUAUCCAUUUCUGAACAGGACUUUUGUUUCCGUUUUUUUUAUAUUAUAAAUUUUUGUUUUGGAGAARUGUUUUUUAUAAAGGUCAGUUUGUUUCAUUUUAAUGCAGCCUUUAUGGGAGUGAUCUGCAUCUUUGCAAGAGCAGAUGCAGCUGGGUUCACAUUAAAUGUGUUAAAGGAAUGAAGGACUAUGAGAGAGAAGCAGUUGAAAGCAGAAUGGUUUUUAAAUUACUAUCCCUUGCAAAUAAAAUGUCUCCAUUGCCUUCAGUCUAGAAAUUUGAUUUUGCCUACUGGGUAGUAUCAAAGACUAACCCAAAAUUUAGGUUUAUGAGCAGAGCGGAUAUAAAUCUUAAAAAUACUGUUUUCUCAUUAAAAUGKUUAAGUCCAGUUUGGGCUGCAGAUAAACAGAAAAAAUACAAGCAAUUUGUAAAAUUAAGGUUUUUUAAAAUUCUUACCAGCUACUAGGUGAAAUAACUGGAAUUGGUGGUAAGGGUUAUUUUUAAAUACUAAAAUUAACUAGUUUUUACUACAGGAUUGUGAUUUUUUUUAAUUAUGCAAAAUUUUACAUUUCAUGGAUUGAGGUUGUUUCCCUUUUAAAGAUGAGUGUGGGCAUUGAAAUGAAUGUUCCAUGACAGAAUAUGACAGUAGCUGGAAACAAGUUUUCGUGCUCCCCAGAAACAAAAUGUCUAAGACAUUUAGAUGUUUAAAACCCUUCAGUUCAGCAUAAAAGUGAGUACAUUCUGACCAGGUGUGUUCAGCCAGAAGAUGAAUGCACAUGGAAAAAAAGAGAGAUUCCAGUGGUGUAUGUCUGUGGUAAAUGUAUUCUUAACCAGUGAAAUGACGAUAAUGGGGAUUAGCUUUGCUGCAUGAARUCUUCUGAGUAUUUGAAUCAAAGCCUAUCAUUUGCUACUUCAUCAGAGGGUAAAAUAAGUUAAACUGACCUUUAUAAAAAACAUUUAUUCUAAGUUAUUUUACUAGAAAUCAAGCUAGGGCACCUUAAUUCUGGAACUAAUUACUUUUUUUUUUCUUCUUAGUAUCUGAGUAAACACCAAUAGAACUUGAACUGUUGAAGAUAUUUGCAUGAAAUUGCACCUGGGCCAAUGCUCAUGUAUUUAUAGUUAUGCCCAGCAGCUGUUGUAUUACAUUUUCCUCUUCCUAAUCCYUUCUGGAACUAUCCUCAAGAGUCUCUGACUCUGUGCCUACUAUCAGCAACGAGAUUUUUUCAUGUAAAGAUGUUUGUGCUACUGUUUAUAAACUACAGUUGUAAAUAAACCAGUACAAUUUGAACAUAACUUGUUYUGUGAGAAGGCAUUUAGUUGCAUACUCUGAAUCGAUUAAAAGUUUUUCCUAAAGGUGUUUAAUAAAUGGAAUUUGAAUUUU